AUAGUAACGAUUCUUCAUUCGAACCAAAAACACAUCCAACGACCACGAUGACAACGAACCGAACCACCAGACUUCUGGUGUUGCUAGUGUUGACCGCACUGGUGGCGAGACACCAGGCCAAUGCCGCCGCCGUGGGAUUGAAGUGCGGCGGGAAGAGCGCCGUCUGCGUGGGACCCCUCUCCUACCAGCAGUGCGUGGAUGACCUGACCUCCGGUCCGGUGGUGCCAUGCCAGGUGAACACCCGCUGCGUCACCGACGGCCUGGAGAUCUGUGUGCCGGUCAAGUCGGCCGCCGAGGCUCCGACGGCAGCUGUGGCCAAGAUGGUCACCAUCACCGACAGCCCCGUCAGCGAGUCCGCUUCGCUGGUGGAGGUCAGUUCCAGCUCCAUUGCUUCCGUCGGCGAGAUCUCCACCGAGGGACCAAGUGCCCCAAGUGCUGCUCCGGUUGAAACCACCUUAGCUCCCGUGGAAACCACUCUUGCUCCCGUGGAAACCACCCUAGCUCCCGUGGAAACCACCAUUGCUCCAAUUGAAACCACCCAGGCUCCAGUUGAGACCACCCUAGCUCCCGUGGAAACCACCCUUGCUCCGAUUGAAACCACCCAAUCCCCAGUUGAGACCACCCAAGCUCCCGCCGAGACGACCACCGCGGCCAUCGAUGAGACCACAACUGGAUCGGAUGCCCCUCUGGAGACGGAAUCCACCGUUCCUAGUGAUACCACUCCCGUAGACACCACUCUGGCACCCGGAUCGGAAGACACUAGCCCACCCAUCGAACCCAACACUACCGUGGCACCCGAAAGCACCACAGUAGCUCCUGCAGAGGAUCCCAACGCACCGGCGGGAACUACUCUGGCUCCUGGUGAAGCAGACCCCAACUCGCCCAUCGAUCCCAACUCCCCACAAGACCCAAAUGCUCCCGAAGGAUCUACUAACGAACCCGGCUUAACCGACCCCACCACUCCGGCAUCUCCUGGGUCUCCAUCUGAGGGAUCCACCGCCGCACCCGGAACUCCCGCUGAUAUAACCACUCCUGCUCCGGGAUCUCCUGCUGAUGUUACCACUCCCGCCCCAGGAUCCCCUGCUGAUGAAACGACUCCUGCUCCUGGCUCUCCCGCCGAAGGUUCCCCUGCUGCUCCUGGCUCCCCCGCUGAAGUAACCACUGCCGCUCCUGGUUCUCCCGCCGAAGGAUCCCCUGCUGCUCCUGGCUCUCCCGCCGAAGGAUCCCCUGCUGCUCCUGGUUCUCCCGCCGAAGGAUCCCCUGCUGCUCCUGGCUCUCCCGCCGAAGGAUUUCCUGCUGCUCCUGGCUCUCCCGCCGAAGGAUCCCCUGCUGCUCCUGGCUCUCCCGCCGAAGGAUCCCCUGCUGCUCCUGGCUCUCCCGCCGAAGGAUCCCCUGCUGCUCCUGGCUCUCCCGCCGAAGGAUCCCCUGCUGCCCCUGGCUCUCCCGCUGAAGUAACCACUGCCGCUCCUGGCUCUCCCGCCGAAGGAUCCCCUGCUGCUCCUGGCUCUCCCGCCGAAGGAUCUCCUGCUGCCCCUGGCUUUCCCGCCGAAGGUUCCCCUGCUGCUCCUGGCUCCCCCGCUGAAGUAACCACUGCCGCACCUGGUUCUCCCGCCGAAGGAUCCCCUGCUGCUCCUGGCUCUCCCGCCGAAGGAUCCCCUGCUGCUCCUGGCUCUCCCGCCGAAGGAUCCCCUGCUGCUCCUAGCUCUCCCGCCGAAGGAUCCCCCGCUGCUCCUGGCUCUCCCGCCGAUGGAUCUCCUGCUGCCCCUGGCUCUCCCGCCGAAGGAUCCCCUGCUGCUCCUGGCUCUCCUGCUGAAGGAUCCCCUGCUGCUCCUGGCUCUCCCGCCGAAGGAUCCCCUGCUGCUCCUGGCUCUCCGGCCGAAGGAUCCCCUGCUGCUCCUGGCUCUCCUGCCGAAGGAUCCCCUGCUGCUCCUGGCUCUCCCGCCGAAGGAUCCCCUGCUGCUCCUGGCUCUCCCGCCGAAGGAUCCCCUGCUGCUCCUGGCUCUCCCGCCGAAGGAUCCCCUGCUGCCCCUGGCUCUCCCGCUGAAGUAACCACUGCCGCUCCUGGCUCUCCCGCCGAAGGAUCCCCUGCUGCUCCUGGCUCUCCCGCCGAAGGAUCUCCUGCUGCCCCUGGCUCUCCCGCCGCAGGAUCCCCUGCUGCUCCUGGCUCUCCCGCUGAAGGAUCCCCUGCUGCGCCCGGCUCUCCCGCCGAAGGAUCCCCUGCUGCCCCUGGCUCUCCCGCCGAAGGAUCCCCUGCUGCUCCCGGCUCUCCCGCCGAAGGAUCCCCUGCUGCUCCUGGCUCUCCCGCCGAAGGAUCCCCUGCUGCGCCUGGCUCUCCCGCCGAAGGAUCCCCUGCUGCUCCUGGUUCUCCCGCCGAAGGAUCUCCUGCUGCCCCUGGCUCUCCCGUCGAAGGAUCCCCUGCUGCUCCUGGCUCUCCCGCCGAAGGAUCCCCUGCUGCUCCUGGCUCUCCCGCUGAAGGAUCCCCCGCUGGACCUGGUUCCCCCGCUGAUGUUACCACGGCUGCUCCUGGAGUUCCCUCCGAAGGAUCCCCAGCAUCUUCUGGCUCUCCUGUUGAUGUUACUACUGCCGCCCCUGGAAAUCCUGCUGUCCCCGACGUUCCCGCUGGUGGUGCUCCUGCUGAUUCCAACGCUCCUGCUGGUGGUGCUCCUGCUGAUUCUAACGUUCCUGCUGGUGGUGCUCCUGCUGGAUCCAACGUUCCUGCUGGUGGUGCUCCGGCUGAUUCCAACGUUCCUGCUGGUGGUGCUCCUGCUGGCGGUUCUCCUGCUGGUUCCAAUGUUCCCGCUGGUGGUGCUCCUGCUGGUUCCAACGUUCCGGCUGGCGGUGCUCCUGCUGAUUCCAACGUUCCUGCUGGCGGUGCUCCUGCUGGUUCCAACGUUCCUGCUGGUGGUGCUCCUGCUGGUUCCAACGUUCCUGCUGGUGGUGCUCCUGCUGGUUCCAACGUCCCUGCUGGCGGUGCUCCUGCUGGUGGUGCUCCUGCUGGUUCCAACGCUCCAGCUGGUGGUGCUCCUGCUGGUUCCAACAUUCCUGCUGGCGGUGCUCCUGCUGGUUCCAACGUUCCUGCUGGUGGUGCUCCGGCUGAUUCCAACGUUCCUGCUGGUGGUGCUCCUGCUGGUUCCAACGUUCCGGCUGGCGGUGCUCCUGCUGAUUCCAACGUUCCUGCUGGUGGUGCGCCUGCUGGUUCCAACGUUUCUGCUGGCGGUGCUCCUGCUGGUUCCAACAUUCCUGCUGGUGGUGCUCCUGCUGGUGCCAACGUUCCUGCUGGCGGUGCUCCUGCUGGUGGUGCUCCUGCUGGUUCCAACGUUCCUGCUGGUGGUGCUCCGGCUGAUUCCAACGUUCCUGCUGGUGGUGCUCCUGCUGAUUCCAACGCUCCUGCUGGUGGUGCUCCUGCUGAUUCUAACGUUCCUGCUGGUGGUGCUCCUGCUGGAUCCAACGUUCCUGCUGGUGGUGCUCCGGCUGAUUCCAACGUUCCUGCUGGUGGUGCUCCUGCUGGUGGUGCUCCUGCUGGUUCCAACGUUCCUGCUGGUGGUGCUCCUGCUGGUUCCAACUCUCCCGCUGGCUCAGUCAUUCCAUCGAUUCCUUUACUGCCUGGCGGAGCUGGCUCUUGGCAACCCCGCCCAAGCAUUCCUAUCCUCCCGCCGAUCUGGAGGCCCCAUAUUCCUGGACAAGAUGGUUCGGGUGCCGGAGCUGCUGCUCCUGGCAGUGGCUUGAUCAAUGGCAGCGUUAGCCCGCCCCAACGUCCCCAUCCCUUCUGGCCCAACUGGCAGAACUGGGUGAACAGCUGGCGACCAACCAAACCGGUGACCAGCACAGAAGCUCCUGCCCAGCCGGAGGAUCCCCAGCAGCCCGACAACAACAAGCCCGAAAAUGCCGAGAGCGUAGAGCAGGCUGCCCCAGUACCACCAGCCGGAGGAGCUGCGUCCAACGAGAAUGCCUCCGUUGAGGAGGGCAACAAGGCCUCCAGCGAGAAGUCCAAGGACAAGCCCAAGUCCGCCGAGGAUCAGUCCAAGGAGCAGGAGCAGAAGAAGCCCAGCUCUGAGGAGAAGAAGGACAAGGACAGUCAGGAUAAGAAGGAUAAGGACAGUCAGGAUAAGAAGGAUAAGGACAGUCAGGAAAAGAAGGAUAAGGACAGUGAGGAUAAGAAGGAUAAGAAGGAUAAGGACAGUCAGGAUAAGAAGGAUAAGGACAGUCAAGAGAAGAAGGAUAAGGACAGUCAGGAUAAGAAGGACAAGUCCAAGGACUCCAAGGAGGAGAAGGACAACGAGUCUCAGAAGGACAACGAGGGCGACGACGAGCUGAGCUCCAAGGAGAAGAAGCAGUACGUAAAGGACCUGAUCAAGAAGCUGAAGAAGGGCGACGAGUGCGACGAGGACGACGUCUAUCCGGAUGUCCGGGACUGCCGCAAGUACUACCGCUGCGAGGUGAAGAACUCCGGCAAGCACAAGUUCGCCCAUUUGCGCUGCGACAAGAAGGAGCGCUUCGACUGGCUAGCCCAGUCCUGUGUGCCCAAGGACGAGGCCCGCUGCCUGGAGAAAUAGGACAUCCACUGCUUCCACACGAUAAUCUCACAUCCAACUGCUCUGUUCUAUAUUGGCAAUGAUAUUCUAUCUCUAACUCUUGGUCUUACCUAAUUUAUUGCACUAUUUUAAAAACCUUUAUUUUUUUGUUUUCCGCAUUAAAUCUUAAACUUUAUGAAAAUCUGGCAAA